UGGGGUCCCAGAAGGAGCUCGCAGCACGAGCAGGAUGAAGCCUUCCAUUGCCAUCAUUCUUUGCAUCUUGAUCCUGGGAGUUGACAGCCAAAGAUGGGUCCAGUUCAUGAAAGAAGCUGGUCAAGGGUCUAGAGACAUGUGGCGAGCCUACUCUGACAUGAAGAAAGCUAACUGGAAAAACUCAGACAAAUACUUCCAUGCUCGGGGGAACUAUGAUGCUGCCCGGAGGGGUCCCGGGGGAGCCUGGGCUGCUAAAGUCAUCAGCGAUGCCAGAGAGGCUGUUCAGAAGUUCACGGGACAUGGAGCAGAGGACUCAAGAGCUGACCAGUUUGCCAAUGAGUGGGGCCGGAGUGGCAAAGACCCCAACCACUUCCGACCUGCUGGCCUGCCUAAAAGAUACUGAGUUUUCUCUUCCUGUUGUUCCCAGUCAUGCUGCCCCCCGAGAAGAGGAGCAACUACUGGGUUGAGAUAUUUUCUAAAAUCUGGAUCCCUAAACAUCCCAAUGUGCUGAAUAAAUACUUGUGAAAUGCA